AUGAUUCUCGAACAGUGGCUCGGAGAUUUGGGGCCGCAGCUUGAGGAGAAUGAGGUGCUGGUUGCCGUUGUGUUCCUUGUCUUGUUCAAGUGUUUCCGCAAUAUUUUCAACUUCGAGCUUAAGAUGUUUGAGGCGGGUGAAUGCGUGGAUCACAACAUCAUAGCCCGAGACAGCUACUCCUCGCGAGGAGCCCUUUUCUGA